GCAUUGAAGGCUGAAGAUCAGUCGCUCUUGGUGCAGAUACCAUACAAGCCUUGGGACAUCGCCACAAAUGGCUUAGGUGAAGGCGAUCCAGAGAGAUAUGCUGAUCUUGCGGCAAAGUCUGGUGUCGAUGGCCUGAACCUGGACACAAUGGACUCCCUUGGUCCAUUUGUGGUUGCUCCCGGUCAGGAUCGGCCUGUGAUGCCAGCCACCGAGUUUUUUGAUGCCGCCGAAAAGGCUGGCAUCUUCCACUUGAUUGUCGAGCCAGAACUCAACCUGUACAACGGCUUGUUCCUUCUGAACACCACAUCACAGGGCUGGCUCUACACACUGUCGCAGUGCCCACCUGAGGGAUGCUCAGAUGUGCGGCCGUUCACUCCGCUGGUUUCUCUGCAGAAAUGGGUCAUGCGCCAGUCCAUGCCCCAUGUCUGUGGCCGCUGGUCCACAGAAAGGUCGCAAGAAAUCCUGACUGCGUACUUCAACGCUAUAGGCUUUACGGCGUGGGAGAACAUAUUUGGAAUCUGGAAUGGAAUCACAGAGCGAGACGGCGAGCUGCUCCGCAGAGCGAUGAAGAUACUGCGCCAUUUCCACCACUUUCUCGUUGAUCCGAGCACGGAGUGGUUACCAUUCUAUCCUGUUCAGCAUCUGACGGCUGCCGCAAGUCAUGUCUUUGUUUCAAAAUUUGUUGGUCAGGGUCGGGCACUCUUCCUGCUGAUCAACACAGACACGCAGACGGCCGGUACUCAGGACUGGGUAUUGUCAACCCCGAUAGUUGGGCAUCAGGAGUUCUACAGUCUGUACCACGGCAACGUGCAAAUCCAGACCAAGAGCCAAU